AUGGAGGCGACGGCGUUUGCGUGCGUGUCGGUGGGCGUCGCUAGCGCGCUGCUGCUCGUGGACGGAGCAGUUUGCUUGUUGCAGGUAAACGCCGCGUGUCUGGUGACUCGAGCCAGCAGCAUUGUGAUGCUCAUCAUAGGCGUGUCGGCACUAGGGCCAGUCAUUGGCUGGAUCUAUGCGGCGACAGUCAACCGCUGCGAUGCCGACGCACAGGGACAACGUCACGCGCUGCAAGUCGAUACGUGUCUUGAUGUGGAAGUGUACGGAUUAGCUGACUGUCAUCAAAGUUGUUGCAGACGGUGCCGCGAAAAGCAGCAGGACGGAAGAUGCAACGAGUGUUCCUCGCGGACACAGCCUCAGCGAGUGUGGGUGUACCUUUGUGCUGCCCACUUGCUUUCUUCCUGGGGCGAUCACAUGUGGCAAUUUGCUAUCCCCGUGCUCUUCAUGGAGAUAUUUGUCGACACUUUGCUGCCCAGUGCGUGCUUCUCGCUCGUCGUGUACGCAACGUGCUUCCUCGCGAUACCACCGGUGGGGAGAUACCUUGAUGCUGUGCAUCGCUGGCAGGCCAUGCGGCUCGCCAUCGUACUGGAAAACGUUAUGGUUGUCGCCAGUGCGAUGCUGCUAGGGGCUAUGCUGCUCUUGACCGACGCAGACGGGCUGCACAAACCAACAUGGACGUGGCCGUUGACGCUAUUGUAUGUGGGCACACUCGUUUGCGGCGGAGUGGGCCAGGUACUUAGCGAGGCACAGACACUGAGUACCGAGCGCGACUGGAUCGUAAUCAUCGCACAAGAUAGUGGAUCGGAGCGUUCGGGUGCGCUGGCAAGCCUCAACACUACCCUACGACGCAUCGAUCUCGCAUGCAAACUGCUCGGGCCUCUUGCGUUCGGCGUAAUCAUCGACUUCGCAGGUCGUGAGCCUACCACACGCGCUCUGAUCGGCGCGUCAACCAUCGUGAUCUGGAACUGUCUGUCCACGCCACUCGAGUACUGUAUGAUGCGAGAUAUCUGCAAACUUGUGCCCGGGUUGUCAAGCAAGGAGAUCGGCUCGAGUUCUAGAGCGCACCGGCACCGGCAAAGUGCAGCAGACGGCCAAUCUGCGCUGUCAUGUUACGCAGCACAGUGGAGGAACUACAUGAGGCAUCCGGUGUUCCUGCUCAGCUUUUCGUAUUGUGCGCUGCAUAUGACAGUUCUCGACAACGGCUCGUUGAGUACCGCGUAUCUCAAGUGGCGCGGCGUACCAAACUCGCUCUUGGGCCUAAGUCGCGGCGUCGGUGCAGUCUUUGGGCUGGUGGGCACCUUGUUGUUCCCCUAUUUGCGACGCACCGUUGCUCGGCUCGAGCAAGUUGCCGUAUGGAGCAUUUGGCUGAUGUGGCUGAGUCUCGUGCCAGUCGCACUGGCAUUCGUGCUCGUUGGUGAGUCACGCGAGUCGGACUACGUCAUGCUGAGUUGCACGAUCGGCGCACGACUGUGGCUCUGGAGCGGCGAUCUUGCCGAGACGCAGAUCAUGCAGGAAUGGGUCGAGCCGAGCCGUCGCGGGGCCGUUAAUGCAAUGCAGACGGCCACGUGCCAGUUGUUCUUGAUACUUCUUCAGCUGAUGGGCGUCGUCUUCCACGACCCGAGUCAGUUCGAGGCGCUCGUGUUCGUGUCGGUUGCUGCCGUACUAGCAGCAGCAGUGGGGUUUACGUUCUGGGACGUCCAGUUUGGCCACCGCCGAAGUCUGUACGUCCAGCACGACGGACCAAUUGACGAGACGAAGGCCGUGCGCAUACUAUUGUAA